GCAUGCGAUGAGUAGCUUCGUGCCAGACAGCCCUACCUGUCGAGCGAAGUACAAAUCAGUCAUGAAUCUUCUACGACGUGCGCUAAGGAUACGAGAUCCUGUAAACAACCCAGCAACUUCGCAAGUGAAUUGCAACGGAACCCGAAAAAAGGUCGCCUCAAAUGGCAACUGUCACCGUCCAAGUUCGUUGGAAACGAUUUCGGUGCAAACUGCCUCUCCCAUCGCUAACAGCGAUGCCGCUUCAACCUCACGCGAGUCUACGCCUUCUAUAGAAAUCGCUCCAUCUCUCUACGAGGAUCCAUUUGUUGCUGUAACUGUUGAUGGUCUGAUUUUCGUCAAAAACUACAACGUCUACAAUCAAAGAGCGGAGUUCCAUGGAGAAUCAAUAACACUGCCUUAUGUGCAAAGAGUGUCCCGAAUACUGAAAAUUUCCCGUCUGCGUACAAUCUACUAUGCAAGCCCUCCAGAAUGUAAGGACGUUCAAGCAUGCAAACCAUGGGGAAUCACUUGCAAUGACGUUUGGUGGGCUAGCCAUCUAAACAGACAAGAAGCUUGCAAUCACUUCUACAGUGUUGUGCUCGAUGAUAAAACCACGUUACGUGCUGGUUUUUCGGUGGUCUCUCUCGAAACUUUCAUCGAAUCGUUACGAUACCUCGGAUUGAAGCCAGAUACGAGUUUCAUCGCUGGCCUUCCACAUGUUCCGAUCAGUAUGAUGAAAAUACCAUUCAUCGAUGAAGAAGAUGGAGACUACUCUGUUGAAGCACUCUAGUAUUCAUCUCGGGACAUAUUUUGAUGCAUGUAAUGUGAAUCUCAAGAUAACCUCGUUUUGUGAAGAACAGGAAAAUUGACUGCUUUCCUUUGAUAGUAUGUGGGAUUGCUCUGAUUUUGAAUUUUUGCAUGGAAGAACCAGUUGUGUACUGGUCUUGGUCCAGCGCAGGAGAGAUCUCUGCAUGUGCAUUUCCUGAUCAUGUUUGAAAAAAUGUGUAAAAUUAUGGUUAAUCAUCUGUCUUUUUGGCUUCAUGUACCUCAUUUUUAUUGCUAUGCAUGGAUCAUCUACGUAAUCUUGUUGUUGGGUCUUUGAAAUGUUUUCUAUAGAUGAGCGUAUUUUUUCUUGCUAGAACGCCAAGACGAGGCCAAACUUAAACUUUUUCUUUAGUUAAUCGUUUCUUUUUGAUGGAAAAUUAUGUCUUGGCUUCUAGCUCCUUGUUCCUAUAAGGCAUAUCCACCCCUCACGCACAGUGCUCGAUGCUUCUCUACGUAUCUGACCGUUUGACUUUCUUUUCCCCCCAUAAAGCUCAAUUAUGUUUGAUCUUAUGAGUACGUAGAAUAGCGGCUAGUGGUAUCGGUAAAGUGGAUCAGUCGGGUCAUUGUGUUCUAUCACCAUCAUAAAUACGCUUUGCAAACUCUUUUUUGGGCAGGGUUUCUGCUUUAAUCCAUUUUUUUCCAAAAUCUCUUCAUCAUUCUAAGCAUCCCUGACCGUUUCAAAAAUUGUAUAACGUCUUCAGCGAAUUCUUUGUAAGCUAACACCUGUCGAACGUGUACGUUGCAUAUCGACCCAACCGUUGUUCAAUCUCUCAUUACAUAUCUCAUCUCUGUGCGUGUUUACAAAAUUGUGUACUGUACCUCAGGAUUGUGUUUGAAAUUCUCUUGUACAUAUAUCUUUAGUCUACUCACUAGAAAAAUUCUACUCAAAUUUCUACAGACAUUGUGUAAGGCACGACUAAAUGAGUCAGUAUUUUGGUUCCGAUAUGUAGCAGGACUAUCAAACUGUUUUGCUUCGGCAGAUUGUAAAUACUUUCCUCCGAAUGAGUAUUCUUAUUUUUCCACUGAUGAAUAUUUUAUACACAAUAAAAGGGUAC